UCCUUCAAUUUUUUUAGACGAAAACGGCAUGCAUGAUACCUUUGUACAGAAUGAUGAAUUUAUAAAAUCAAUAUACAAUUCACUGCCAUCUAAUCAAAAACGGAAAGAACAUUCAUGUUGCCAUAAACUAAAACCUCAAAUUGAUGCACCACUUAGUAUUUUACAAUGUCCAGCUAAACAUCUUAAUCAAUCCCCUACAUUUCCUGAUUCUCAAGAUAUAACUUUAAUAGAUGCAAGAAAUCUUAUGCCAAUUGCGAAUCAAAUUCCUUCCAUUGAUCAACCAUUUAGCUUAUCUACUGAUAGAGUAGCCUCUUCAAUUCCUAAAUAUAAUUCAAAUCAAACUUGGGAAUACCCUUCUCCUCAAAUGUUUUGGAAUGCUAUGCUUAAAAAAGGCUGGACUUGGAAAAAUUCAGAUAUAUCUCAAGCAGACAUGAAUAAUAUCAUAAAAAUCCAUAAUCAUAAUAAUGAACAGGCUUGGUUAGAAGUUUUAAAAUGGGAGGCUUUGCAUGCGAAAGAGGGAGAAGAAAUGCCAAAAUUGAAAAGUUUUUCUGGGAAGGCAUCUGAUUAUACAAUUAAAGCUAGGGUUAGAAACAUUUUGGGAUAUGAAUUACCAUUUGAUAGACAUGAUUGGAUAGUGGAUAGGAAUGGCCAGGAAGUUAGGUAUAUCAUUGAUUAUUAUGAUAGUGGUAAAAUUAAUCAACAUACUGGGAAAUUUACUACAUUGGAUGUUAGACCUGCUCUAGAUUCAUUUGAAGCUAUCUGGGAUAGAAUGCGGAUAGCUUGGUUUAGAUGGAGAUUAUAAAGAAAACAAUUUGUGUUUUAUAAACUUAAUUUUCAUUCAUGAAGGAUUAUGUAUAAAAGAUUUCUGAAUAUAUUAUAUUAAUGCAAAUUACUGUUCUGAUUUAUUAAAUUAUUUAUGUUAAGUUUGUAAAUAAUCUUAAAUUAUAUGCUAAUGUUAACUUCCAUCAUGGUACAUAUAUUUAUAGUAU